AGGCUGCGUAAAAAAAGAGACAGCGGUGGCAGGAUAGCUCGAAAAAUGUGCACGUUUGCCUUGUAAAGUUGUUGACUCAAGUUUCUCAAGCUUUUCAUGUCACAAUUUUUUUUUAACCUCAAGUCUCUAGUUUCCUGCCUGAUUUUUAUCCAAGACAAAUAUCGCAAUUAAUAGCAUGCAAUCCUCCAGUCUACCAGAUUUAAGCACGAUUCAUGGAAAAGAAGGGAGUCAACAGUGGAUCUCUCCUUAUCAACCAAGAGUCCAAUCAAAGCUUUUGGAUAAGUCAUCUAGUGAGCCGUCAUCACCUCAACCCAGGCACAAGGAUACAGGAUCAAACAAGAGAAAAGACUCCUCUAGAAGAGACCAUUCACACACCAGUAAAUAUUCCAGCAACAGUUAUGAGGACGUCAGUGAACCCAGGUGGACAGGAAAACUUUCUCAGUCUACACCCUCAAGCAGUGCAAGUAGUCUGUCUGGACGAAACUGGCCACCUAGCAAGAUAGAUAUCAGAAACCAGCCUGAGCCUUCAAGCUAUAGCAAAUAUACGGGGCAAUCCAUGUAUGCCACAGCUCCACCUGAAGGAUAUCCCUUGGCAGCAUUUGAUGCAGCAUCAGUGGCUUAUGUGGCUCCUCAACAGCGACAUGAAGCCUAUCCCCUUGAUGGCUUUGCCACCCCUACCGGGCUCACCAGUAAACCAAGGACGGCGUCAAGUGCUGCAAGCACAGAUGAUGAUAAACUUGACUCUCUGAUCAGAGCAAAAGAUGAGCUCAUCAGACAGAAGGACCAGAUCAUUGAAAGACAAAAGAAAUCCAUCCAGCAGCUUCAGCAGCAGCAGCUGAACCUUGACGCCAAGCUACAGCACAUGCUGGUGACAAGGUCAUGUGGUCAGGAGGGCAUGGUCACUGUCAAGCUACAGGAGUACCAGUGUGAGAUUGCACAGCUAAGGGCAACCAUUGCACAGAUUACGUCGGAUAGGGAUGUUGAAUUAGACAAACUGAAGAGAAAGUUGGGGGAAACAGAGUACAUUCUUCAACAAAUGGAUUCAAGUGUUAAACAGACAGCUGCUAUCAAGGAAAAGGAUGUUGACUCCCUACAGCAACAGCUUGCUGAGAAGGACAGAAGGAUUGAAGAACUCAACUCGAAACUUGAGAGCUCCAAAAAAGAUGUCCUCAAUUCAAAGCGCCGGGCAGAGAGUCUAGAACGCUACCUUUCUGAUGUCCCAACAGUGGAAGAACACCAGAAGACUCUCAAAACUCUGAAAGAUGUCCGUGAGGAAUGUGAACGCCUCCAGGAAAUAAUCACCAACAAGGAUAAAAAACUUGCGCAUCUGAAUAAAGCAUAUGGGGUCAAGUCGGAGGACCUAAAAAAGCUGCACAAACAAAACAAAGCUUUGAAGGAGAAAGUAGAGAACCAGGAAAAAUGUCUGGAGAAGUUUAAGGCAAAUGGCCCAGUAUCUGAAGUUGAGUAUGAAGACCUGAAAAUGGAGAAUGAACGACUUCAGGCAGAACUCAGCCGUACUAAAAAGGUCCUUGAGGCGAAGCAUAAAAAGAUGAAGUCAUUCCACGAGCAAUCUCAGAAAGAUCAGAAGGCUCUUGAAGAACGAUUGGUCCAGGAGGAGAACAUGGUAGUUGCACUGAGGGAUGAAGUGAAUAGUCGUGACCAAUCUAUCAGAGAAUUGAGGAAGUCCAUCAAAGAGGUGUCAUGUCAGAUGCAGGACCUUAUGGAAUCCAACUUAAACUUGAAGUCGGCGUGUGAUAAGUACGAAAAGGCGAACUCGAAGGAAAAGCGAGAAGCAAACAGCAGACUGUGGAGGGAAAUGGCCCGUUGCGCGUCUGACCUUAAGGGCGUGGUUCAGCUCUGUUCGGCCAGAAAGAACGGCGAAGAUCCAAACAUAUCACUUCUCUUUGGAAGCAAAGGUAAUACCACCGUGACAGAGGAAUUUGGCGAGUUCACUGAUGAUGUUGACAGUGUAAACAAAAGAAUACUAAAACUAAAUGAGCUACAAACAGAAAUAGAAGCGUUAAGAACAUUUAUCUCCGAUCAGUAUGCAGAGGACAUUGGUAAUAACUGUACCACGCAAUGAUAGGGCGUGUAGCCACAUUGCCUUGCCGUUCUGUUUGGGUUUCCUGUGGAGGAUGAGAGUUGUGGUGUCACAAUAUGCCUCACGAUUCGUCUCCCGGUACGAAGGUCAGGGAAUGGGGCAUAAUGCAUUUAACAAGCGAACAGUGUAGGCACUGUUCUCUGGUCAAAUCGCUUGCGUUCCUUGCAAUGCAUAGCUCAUUCUUUUGACGAUGUUGAAUGGACGGUAAAUUCACUGAAUGGAAUCGACAUGAAAGCCACCACUCUAGAAUAUAAGUUUCAAUAUCGAAAUUUAGCAAAUGCUAGAUCAACUAUUUAUAGCAAAUGAUAUAUAUUUUGUAAAUAAAUGUAAUUAUUGUAUAUACGGAUUAUAUAGAGACAGGAGACCAUUAUGGUCUCUUGAUAGAGAUAAAUAUUAAAGUAUACUUCAAUAAAAAUUAUUCCAUUCAACUUGA